CAGAGGUGGCUAAGUAUCUACACAGAUGCUUCAGGUCUCGGUUGGGGUGCUGGAACGAAGAUCUAUCUCAUCUACAGUCCAAUAUUCUAGAGCUGAGAGCCAUUAUGAGGGCUCUGGAAGCCUUCAAACCACUAAUUCUGGCCGAGGACGUCUGUAUAAGAUCAGACAACGUGGCAGCAGUUGCUUAUAUCAGGUGUCAAGGAGGCACCAGGAGCAGAGCGAUGAUGAGAGAAUUGAAUCCCAUCAUGGAGUUUGCUCAAACAUAUCUGAUGGGGAUAACAGCAAUCCACAUUCCGGGGAGUCUGAAUUGAAGGUGGACUUGUUGAGUUGCAGAUCUUUGGACUCAGGAGAAUGGAGCCUGAAUUAUCAGGUCUUCCGGAAGGUAAUGGGAAGAUGGGGGUGGCCAGACCUGGAUCUGAUGGCAUCCCCAGAGAAUCACAAACUACCAGUUUUUCUUGCCAGGGUUCCAUGCAGGGAAGCUUGGGCGAUAGAUGCUUUUGCUCACAGUUGGGACAACCUGUGGGCCUACAUGUUCCCUCCGUUUGCCAUGAUCUUCAAGGUGUUGAAGAAAAUUCUGAUAUCGAAGUUCGAGAUAAUUGCAAUUCUGCCGGAUUGGCCAAGGAGGCCUUGGUAUCCCUUACUGAGGAGGCUGUCUGUAGACAGACCAAUGAGACUUCCCGACAGACAAGAUCUGUUAAGCCAGGGCCCUCUUCUUCAUGCGAAGCCACAGCAGUUGAAUUUGACAGCAUGGAGACUCAGCUCACCAGGAUGAAAAGAAGAGGGUGUUCUGAGGCAGUUGUUAAUACUUUGUCUAAAUCCAGGAGUAGGAACACUACCUUGAGAUAUGACAAGAUCUGGAACACCUUCUGUUCCUGGGCUAUGAAGGAAGGGGUUGACCCUACUAACCCAGAGAUUGUCCAGAUUCUAGAGUUUUUACAGAUUGGAUUAGAUAAGGGUCUCAGUGCAAGUACCCUCAAAGUUCAAGUGUCUGCUCUUUCAGCGGUGUUGGAAAAUCAAUUGUCUAGUGACCCCUUGGUAGUCCGUUUUCUUAAGGCUGCGGUAAGGAUAAGGCCACCAAUCAAGGAGUUAGCACCUCCUUGAGAUUUGCCUCUUGUGCUGAAAACAUUAGCUGGACUUCCUUUCUUUCCUGAGGAGGAGGCUACCUUAUGGGAUCUAACCCUCAAAGUGGUGUUUUUAGUUGCAGUGGCUUCUGGUCGAAGAAUUACAGGCACUGAUGGCUGAUCCACCUUAUACAGUUUUCAAUGAUCAAGGGGUGACCCUCAGACCAAGCUUGGCUUUCUUGCCAAAAAUAGUUUCUGGAUUUCAUCUUAAUGAGCCUAUAUUCCUUCCAACUGUUGAUGUAGAAAGGUUGGAUGAAAUCCCAGUGGCAUUGGAUGUGAGAAGGUGCUUGGAAUUAUAUUUGAAUAUGACCAAGGAGUUUCGGAAGUCAGAAAGACUCUUUAUUGUCCCUGUUGGUGCUAGAAAGGGGCAAGCAGCUUCUAUUUCUACGCUUCGUAGAUGGAUAAUAACUGUGAUCACUAUUCACUACAGGGGCAGAAGGCACCUGAGGGGGUCAGGCCUCAUUCAACCAGAGAUUUGGCGACAUCUUGGGCAGCAGAAGCAGGAGUAUCCGCAGAUGCUAUUUGCAGGGUAGCUACUUGGGCCAAUCCAAUCACAUUUGUUAAACAUUAUCGUUUGGAUAUUAGGGCGGCCAAAAGAGCAAAUUUUGGUCGAAGAGUUAUCCAGGCUGCAUUCAGUUCUAAUUAAAUAUUCAGCAUCAAUUUGUGUCCCUCCCUUGUUAUUGCUUGGGUAUUCACCCGAUUAGUUAAUGCUGACGGGGGAUGGCCAGGGAAAGGAAUAAUCCUAUCAUACUUACCGUGAUUCUCCUUUCCUGGCCAUUCCCCUGAUCAGCAUCCCAUCCCAAAUAGAGAUUUAUACAUAGACAGGGGAGGAGUUGAGGGGUGGGGUUUUAAGUCUGCUGGGAGACACAUCUGUAGGGAGGUAAUACCCGAUUAGUUAAUGCUGACCAGGGGGAUGGCCAGGAAAGGAGAAUUACGGUAAGUAUGAUAGGAUUCUUCCUUUCCUCUACUACUGGGAGGCAUGUCACAGACCAAUGGGUACUGCAGAUCAUCCAAUUUGGAUACAAAAUUCCAUUUUCAGUCCCCCCUCCAAAGCAAUUCGUUCUGUCUGUGCCCUCCCCACUAAGAAGGGAGGCAUUACAUCUUGCAAUCUCCUCUCUCCUACAAGCAGGAGUCAUUACUCCAGUCCCAGAACCUCAAAAGUUUUGUGGCUUCUACUCCACCCUCUUUCUGGUGAGGAAAAAAGGAAGACUCCUUCAGACCAGUCCUAAACCUAAAAAUGUUAAACAGAUUCAUUUCCAACCACAAAUCCAACAUGGAGUUGGUGCCCUCCACCAUAGCCUUCAUGGAAGCCAACAAUUUCAUGACUUCAAUCAACCUGCAUGAUGCUUACCUGCACAUACGAAUUCAUCCAAAGUCACAGCCAUUCCUAAGAUUUGCUGUCAGAGACCAGCACUUUCAGUUCACAGCACUACCCUUUGGCCUCUGCACAGCUCCAAGGGUAUUUACAAAGGUCUUGCCACCAGUUAUGGUGCACAUUCUACCAUAUCUAGACAAUUUACCACUGAGAGCUCAGUCAGUAAGGCAGGCAGUAGCCAACACAGAGACUUGUAUACAAAUCCUGCAACAGCAUGGCUGGCUAAUAAACCAACGCAAAAGCUCCCUCAGGCCAUCACAAAAAAUUCAAUUUCUAGGACAAAUGUUCGACUCCAGAAAAAAAUAGUCCAGCUUACGGACGAAAAAAUACAAACCCUAAUCAGCAGUACUCAGUCCUUCUGUAAGAGUCUUACCGAUGCGGCAGGGACGCCCGCCGCAUGGUCCUCGAGCCAGCGCCAUCUUGGAAUCUAGGGCG